AUGCAGCCCCCUCCCAAUGAAACAAACCAACAGUCGGCGACCAGAGCCAGUUCCAAGACUCGAAGUGGUUGUGCCAAUGUCCCAGGGGUUGGAGCAGAGGGUGGUGCUGACCGUGUGAAGGCAAGCGCGCGCGGGACAGUGUUCUUUGCCAGAGUUCCCAAUAUGGACGCCCGGGUCGUACCGUUCGAGGCCAGUUAUAUGGAGUCCGAUAAGUGUUGUCGCGGAAGCUGCGUGCCGGCCCCCUUUUGGACCCAACCACUCCCAGCUGACUUGUCCCGAGCCACCGUCCACAUUACACCUUUGCUAGGUUCUCUAGCCCUCACUGGCAUUGGGACAGCACCGCUGCAGCCGCAUCACGACUCUCAACCGUCCCUGCUGGUCGCCUGGACGGCCGCCUCAGCCAAGGUGACCGUGUAUGUUGGCUGGACCCCCAAAGAAAUAGAGAUUGAUGGUGACAAAAGCCUCCUCGCUGAAGCCCUACUCGACGACCGGCUGUGUGUGAUCAGCGACGGUUCUUAUAAGCUCGGUCUGGGCACGGCAGCGGUUCAACUGCUUCCACGUAGGGGUGGCAAGGAACGUAUUAUCGUCCGUUGCCAGACUCCGGGUCUCCCUGAUGACCAGAGCGCGAUUGUGUGCAAUGGAUUUUUGGCGCUGCUCAACACCUUUAGUGACAAUCGAGUCACACCGCAGCAAGCCCAGUUUGACCUGGUCUCCUCUAUCCGGGAGGCACUUGCCCGCUCUAGGGCCUCGUGGGAACCUAGCCACGUGUACGGUCACAUUGAUAAGGCGAAAUCCUUUUUGUGUCUCUCUUGGUGGUCCAAACGGAAUGUGGAAGUGGAUGCGUGGGCGUCGCGAUUGAAUCCAGAACAGGUACAGGCGCUGUCUGCUCUACGCAAGCGAUGGCACAAGCGGCAGACGAUUACACCAGAGGCACACCUGGAGACCGAUUGGACCAGUCUGGCUCGCGCCAUGAGCUCCCUUCCGGCAGGUGUCCAACGUUGGACCACAAAGCAUGUCGUGGCACCCUCGGCGAGUGCAGAAUGGAAGCGCCGGAUGGCGACGUUGGACCAAUGGUUGCACACCCAAGUCACUGACCCAGCCAUCAAACACGCUAUCCUCUACCUCCUUCAAGGGGUCUGUGAUCCUUCCCUACCUCGCAGUCGGUUGGUUUGGGUUUGUCUUUGCCGCACUUUCCUCUCCCAACAACGCAUCGGCUACCAAGGUCUAUUGGAAGGCAGGCUGUCUGUUCAGUGGGCGGCCCUGCAGGCACAGUACCUUCCGUCACGAGGGAGCCAACGCUCUCCGACCCUGUGGGUCUCUCGCCUGUUGCAUCAAUUGAUCCUGCUUGGAUUUCAUAUGUGGGAACACCGGAACUCGGUGCAACAUUUGGAGGACAACGUACAGCUAUGCGAAUGUAGCCGAUUGGUGAACAACGGUAUACACUCCAAGUUUGAUAUGGGCCCAACUGACCUCCCCCAGGUAGUUCAACGCAUGCUUGCCGUGAAACGCCGAACAGUGUUGAACAAGCCGUUGGUCGAUAGGGAAGAGUGGCUGAAGCUGGUCAGAAUGGAAUGCAUGGCCUAUCGCCGCGCUCUUCCACCCAGCCCAGCCCCCCUAACCCUGUUUCGAGGAAUCAACGCCCUGAAAUCACCCCGCCCCGUCGCGGGUAGAGUUGGGAUCCCCCUGAUCCUGACUAGAGCAACUUCUGUCCACCAGAUGUCUCCAUGGUUCAAACUAGUUAUUGACUCGUCGCUUUACGGUAUUUGA